AUUACGCGAAGACCACGAGCAGAAGAAAACAAUUCGUAAAAUUGAAAAAAAAAUUAAAAAUUAAAAUAAAAUCUCAUCAAUAUAAAAUGUACUUUGGCAUAAUCAUACUCUAAUUUUCUUCUUUGCAAUCGAGAGGGCGUCGGCUUGACUCCGCGAAGAAUAUAGAGAAUCAAAGAUCCCUUCAAAAACUGCGCCUGGGCAGCGCUAAAUUCAUUUGAUUUCAGUUUCCUGCUGAAAUGACGACAAAUACUGUGAGAGUCUCCAAUGUGUCAAUCAGGGCAACCAAACGGGACAUCCAGGAUUUCUUCUCCUUCUCCGGAGACAUAGAUCGUAUCCAGCUGCAAAAUGAUGGUGAACAUUCUCAAGUGGCCUUCGUUACCUUCAAGGACCCUCAGGCUCUGGACACUGCAUUACUUUUAUCGGGAGCAACAAUUGUAGAUCAGUCUGUUAACAUCUCGCCUGUUGAACAUUACUCGCCACUUGCAGAGGGUUAUGAUAAUCAACCUCCACCUUAUGUGCCAAGGGAAGGAACUCCUGUGACUGGAGGUGGUGGUGCUGUGAAUAAGGCUCAGGAUGUUGUGACAACCAUGCUUGCAAAAGGGUUUGUUCUUGGAAAGGAUGCUAUGGGCAAAGCCAAGUCAUUUGAUGACAAGCAUCGUUUGACAGCAAAUGCAUCUGCUAAGGUAACAUCAUUGGACAAGAAAAUUGGUUUCACUGAAAAGAUCAGUGCUGGCUCUGCUGUUGUAAAUGAGAAAGUAAGAUCAGUGGAUCAAAAAUUUCAAGUAUCAGAGAAAACAAAAUCAGCGUUUGCAGCAGCAGAACAGAAGGUUAAUAGUGCAGGUUCUGCUCUUAUGAAGAACAAGUUUGUCUUCACUGGAGCAUCAUGGGUGACUGGUGCAUUCAACAGGGUUGCAAAAGCUGCUGAGGAUGUUGGUACUAAAACUAAAGAGAAGGUUCAGAUGGUUGAAGGACAAAAGAAUGAUCAAAAUCCUGCAUCAAGGGGAGAUCUAUCCCAUGAUUUUGCACAAGUUCAUCUAAACGAACCUGCAAAUGCAUAUGAGCCACUUAGCUCAGCUAAAAACUCAGCAAAUUUUUCCAGCUUACCCCGGUAUGAUAGUGGUUCAUUUUCUUCUCACAAUACUUCUACACAGGCAUCUGGGGAACCAACUAAACCACCACCUGCGCAGGGCCUGAUUCUCUAGUCAGUGAUGAUGGACAUAUGUAUCUACUGUAUCUUUUGAAAUUAUUGAGUUGGGUUUUGUCACUUGAAGCUAGGUAAAUUUGCUGUACUGUAGAUAAUUUGAACUUUGAACCUUUGAUACCAUGGUCAUUAUGUUUUUAUUGAUUGGCAAUCCUGCAUUGUUUAUUCCA